AUUACAUAAACAGAUCUACAAGCUCAAAUUGCAAAUGAGGGGCGUCUGAUACGGUCUCAGCCCACCUACGCUCCCAUCAGUUGUCUAGUUGCACUUAAGUUAACAUCAUGAAGGCACUACGGCUGACUACGCUCAUAGUAAUCUACGUAAUUCAAUUUGUAUCUGGUGAAGACAAUUCUUUCGAAUUCAACUGCAAAAUAAUUGAGGAUGGAACUCCCCUUUACAAGCUGAAGAGGCAUCUCUUCUGCGAUUACGACCCUGGAAUCAGGCCUGGACAUGAAUCCAAAAACAACACUGUUAUCGACACUACGAUUAUCCCGAGAAAAAUUACAUUCAACGAGGAUAGUGCAACUAUGGAGAUGCACAGCUGGCUCUUUAUCGAAUGGCAGGAUCCCUUCUUGACUUGGGAUCCGGAGGAGCAUGACGGAAUCAAAGAUUUGCACGUUAGAAGCAGGGAGGUGUGGAUACCGGAGGUGUACUCGAUAAAUCCAAGCUAUGGUGACAUGUCGGGAAUUCCAGAGACGUCAUGCAGACUCACGGACACUGGCCAUCUGGGCUGUAUUCCAUCAAUUCAGUACGACGUACCCUGUGUCCCUGAUUACACUCACUGGCCCUGGGACGUUCACAACUGCACUCUAAAGCUGGGUGCAUGGGCCUACUCCGAUGAGGAAAUAUCCUUCAAAAGGGGAAAUGGCAUUGUCAUGAAUCUUUAUCGAGACACUGAGGACUGGAAGAUGUCUUUCCCUGUGGUAGGAAUAAGGCGAGAAAAAUCCAAGUUAUCCAGCAAUGCUACUUUUCCUAUUUUCAUGGUGUCGGUUCUGCUGACGAGAACACAAACAGCGUUGAAGAGUGUUUUCGUCUCUCCAGUGAUAAUCUUGACUGUGGUGACUCUGACUAUCCUGUGGCUGAGACCAGGAUCCACUGAACGUCUCAUGUUAUCCUGUUUUAACCUCUUGGGCCAUCUGAUGGUCAUUCGGCAUAUUCACUAUAGGGUUCCUAAUACUGGAAAUGAUGUCCCCAAUAUCCUGAUCUUCUACAACAACUCCCUCAUCCUCUCGUCGUUGGUAUUGAUAUUAAGCUGCUGGCUCCAGAAACUCCUAGAGUGGAAACGGGAAGUGCCCGUGUGGCUGGCCUCACAAGUCUCAGUCGUCCUCACGAGUAAAGUCGGACAAGUACUGUCGAUCAAUGCCAUGGAUCCUAAAGGAUCGGCGUUACUCGAAGAUGAUGCUGAUGACAACAGUGGUCUAGUGGAUUCUCAACCGAAGAAAUCCAACUGGGAGAAUGUUGUUACUGUUAUUGGAUGGCUCUUACUGUUCAGCUUUGGUUUUAUUUAUUUCGUUAUGUCUCUCGCUCUACUUUCUUAAGGACUUACCGAAAGUUCUAAUUAAAGAGAAUUAAUCACCGCUA